AUGAAGGAGAACUCUGUGUGGUGCUGCAGUGAAUGUGAUAAGGUUCAGUCGUCCAUGGUGGCACUUGUGGAUUUCCCUGUAGUUGAGAUGGACUCAGCUCAGGCUCCACUGUUGCCUGCUAAGUGGCCCCCUCCCAACUCUGUUCUCAAUAAUGUUGCUUCUCAUUUACUCACCGCAAAUGCCCCGUUGAGCUCUGGACACUCUUCCAUGGAAAAACAUUCAUAUUAUUUAGUUGAGGUGAACAGCGAUGGAGAGAUGCGGUACGGUAUCUCUGUGCGCGUAUUCACGUAA